AAUGUUUUUUUUUUUUUAAUUAUGAGGUAGUUUUUUUAGAGAUUAGGAUGGCAACAUCAGUAUUUUUUUUACUAUUCGUGUCGUUGCCGUCGUUGUCGUAGAGUCGGUGUAGAAAUAAGUGGUGGAGUUUUACGUGUAUAACAUCAAAAAAUGGCAUCAGGCGUGACCGUGUCGGACGCGUGCAAGACCACAUACGAGGAGAUCAAGAAGGACAAGAAGCACCGCUACGUGGUGUUCUACAUCCGCGACGAGAAGCAGAUCGACGUGGAGACGGUGGGCGGCCGCAACGCCGAGUAUGACGGCUUCCUAGAGGACCUGCAGAAGGGCGGCACCGGCGAGUGCAGAUAUGGCCUCUUCGACUUCGAGUACACGCACCAGUGCCAGGGCACGUCGGAGGCGAGCAAGAAACAGAAGCUGUUCCUCAUGUCGUGGUGUCCCGACACCGCCAAGGUCAAGAAGAAGAUGUUGUACUCUAGCUCCUUCGACGCCCUGAAGAAAUCUCUGGUCGGUGUACAGAAGUACAUCCAGGCCACUGACCUGUCGGAGGCUUCGCAGGAGGCCGUCGAGGAGAAGCUACGCGCCACUGACCGCCAGUAAACGCAUUUAUCUAAGCCACUACGCCGGGACGCCAUUUUGCAUCCCAUCUCGCCCUAACAGUGUUGCCAGGAAAGAAAAACCUCAAACCGGAAGUGCAAUUUUGAAUCAUCGAAAUUUCAUGUUCGAAUUUUGAAGGUCUUGUCAUCUAACUUUUUCAAAGCGUUGUCUAUGGGUUGUUUCUUUUUCUGGUAGCGUUGUAUAGGGUGCGAUGGAAAACAAUGUGAUGUGCCGGCUAACCGCAAUCAGUGGGUUCUUUUUAUACUAUAUCGUUCUCCUAAGCUUUCUCCCAGUCGGUAUAAACCGGUUUUUGUAUAUUACUGUGUAUAGGCUGGUUCGUAUGACAGUAGAAACGAUAUUUAUGUAAAGUGAUAAUUGAAAUUAUACUAAUAAUUAUUAAUUAUAUAUUUUUUUCCUAACUAAAGAAUAAGUUUAGCUCAAAGUAAAAUUAACUUCAACUAAGCGCGGUGGUUUUUUCUUUCUUUUUAUUAAAUUAUUGCGUCAGGUCAGCGAAAGAAGGUCCGCUUUUAUACUUUUUAGAAUGUAAUAUAAUAAAGGAACGCGAGAUCGCCUCAAGAGUUUACACGGAAUUGCGAAAGCUUAUAUUUAAAUAGCUUGAAUUCACUGGCAGGGCGGUUGGAAAGUAUUUUGUAACCAAUGUAUCUCCGGAAUACACUCGAUAUAAGUGAA